AUGAGAAAAUCCAGCUCAGGCCGGCAGCGGGCCGGCUCAGAAGCAUCUUCGAGGUACGAGCGACCGAGAAAUGAUGAUCAGGAUUCCCCAACCGGACAUUUCGCCCCAGACGCGACAACCUCGUCGCGCCGAAAAUCCAGCCGUCACAGCUACCAUGAAGAGCCCGAUGCCACUUAUGCGACAACGAUCACCGACGAACCCUCACAAAUAUCUGGUCGAUACCGAGAUGAUACGCGAAAAGAAUCCGAACGCAACGACACGCGGAGACGGUCAAGCAAGACUGAAAGAAGGACGAAACAUGAAAGGAGUCGGGGAAGCAAGGAAGAUAACGAAUCAUGGAAGCCGAAGAAUGAAGAUAGCCCUCGCGACUCUCGUCAGACGAGGAAGUCUAGUGAAAGAAAGGACAGUGCCCGCGACUACCGGCAUAAUAGUGCUUCACUACCUCAAAACCAGUUUCCUGGGGAGUUUCCGUCUACGUACUCUCAGCCAUACCGACCACCUGGACUAGCGGCAGAGUACUAUGGUGACCAGGGCGAGUCAGUAGCCUCCCAACCUGGCGUUCGUCCCAACGCCCCAAACAUUGUCACCAGCGCAGAGCAGGCCCAUCUCCAGGAGCCCACCGUCGAAGCCAAACCCCCUCCCGAGCCGAGCAGUAUGGGCCAAGUCGGUGCUGCUGCUAGCUAUUUCGGUAAACCCAACUAUGACAGCGACAUCGGGUCGCAAACGACACCCUCCAAACCUCACCAGAAACCGAGCUUGGGAUCUAACAAGCCUCCCAAGCACAGUUCCUAUGGGGCGAGUCCAAGAUCUAGCCCAGGACCUCCGGGAACCCACGCACCACCUUUUGGUGUCGCUCCUGGUGCGGUCGGCUCCUUCCCAGUCUCAGGCACUGCUGCGAUCGGUGCAGCGGCCGAGUAUUAUGCCGGUGGAGGUGGAGGCGGAGGCGGAGGUGCAGGACCGUCAGCCAGUGCAUAUCAAACGCCCAACAGACCUCCAGCAGGGCUACACGUUACAUCGACCCCCUAUUCCGCGCCUGCCGGCUUCGGGGUCUCACACCAGCAUUCAAAUGCAGGUCUGUACGGUGGCGCGGCGGCCCUUGCUGGAGCGGCAGCUGGUGCCUACGUCUCUGGCCACUCUCACAAUGCGCCCUCACUCGACCAGCAUCAACACUCAGCGGAUAUGGCCGGACUAGCACAUGAUCACUCUGUAUCACAUGGUCACCAGAUGCAUCAUGCCCACCGACAUAAACACCAGGGACUAUUUGGACGAUUCAUUGACUGGUGGCGAGAUCCCGAAGCAGUAGCGCGAUUCGAGGAGUACACCGAGACAAUUGGUGUUUGUAAAUAUUGCUUCGAUCCCAGGAGUUCACCUGCCGAUGCACCUCGCAGACAUGACUAUCGCCGGCGAAAGCCAUCCCCCGGGAGCCGGUAUGGGAGUACGACACGGGUAGACAAGAUGUAUAGGCAUAGCUCGGAUGAAAAUCUUCGGAAAUCCUCCUCACUCAAGAAGAAGAUGGUGGUCGGUGCCUUGACUGGCUAUGGCGUGGCGAAAGUUGGGCAAGCAGUGGUUCAACAUAAACAUGACUUCGAUGACACAUACCCGGUGAAGUCAGGGCGACCUGUGAACCAGAGCCGAGUCAGCUUUCAAGCUGAGCAGCCAUUCCCGCGGGACAAUGAUGCAGGAUUUCAGGAUCCAAAGAGGGUGGGUAGGAGUAGCGUAUCUUCAACCCAAAGAAGACAUCGCGCCGGUCGAUCGAGCUCAUCGUCCUCGAGCUCGUCUUCACACGCUGUCUCCCGUGGCGGAGUAUUGAGCGCUGGAAUGGGCGCUGCUGGGGUUGCCGUUGGUGCUGCAGCUCUGGGCGCAGAGUCCCGGCGUCAAAGGGAAAACAGAAGUCGGUCACCAAGGUCGGGGAGGAGAUAUUUUUCCAAACGAGUCUCACCAAUGCAUUCAUAUGUCGACCUGUCAACGACCAACGACGGGCCAGGUGGUCUGAUGGGCUUCUUCACCAGCCCAUCGGCUAAUUCAAAGAAGGGGAAGAAACCAAAGGGCCUCUUUCAUUUCUCAAAUGCCUCAAGUUCCUCAUCUGACGCCGAUCUACGGUUUGGUGAGGGAACCGUGCGUCGGAAACCCUCCAAGAGGCGACUUCCAGAAAGACAAGGCAGACAGCAUCGCAACAACCCCGUGCCGCCGAUGGAAGACCUCUUCAAUAGGGGUGCUGCGCUUGCUGACGAGGCUAACAGAAGAGAGCAUAAAGGUAGGCAAAAAUAUGACGCUAACAAGUAUGUAGACCCGGGCAGCAGGGACGCACAUGGUCGUCGAAUCUCCAUGGCUGACCACGAAACUACUGACGGACGCGAUGACGAAUGGUAUGACACAGAUGGUGAAGUCGACUCCGAAAGCAGUGUGGAUACAGCAAUGGCAUAUGGUGGAGGAUUCUCUGCUUCCCAGAGCCGAGAGCAUCUCGCUCAAGGUGGCCGAGCAUCAGUAUCGAGUUACAACUUCAGAAAAGAUGACCAAAGGCGACAUCGGAACAGUUUGGGACAGGCGAAAUUCGGACACGCACCAUCUUUUCCUACCUCAUCAAUCGAAACGGCCACUGUGGCGGGUGCAGCAGGAGCCUUGGGUGGUUGGAUGGCUUCUAACGCACUCUCGCAGGAAUCAAAUCCACCCCCAACCUACAGCGCGCUAGAUCCGAUGCGUGAGCUAGAACCCCGGCCAGUGUCUGAUCCCCCGCCCAAGGCUGCUUCUCCCUAUGCUACCAGGGUGUCGUCGACAUCUGUGCCUCUACAGCAGCCGCAACCGAUUCCCCUUAUCGCACCUUUUAUAGGCCAGAAUAUCUCAGAAGACAUCCAGCUUGAAGGGCAGACGUCGUGGAAAGGACAGAGAACCCCGAGCCAUGUUGCACGAGAUUCGAACUCGCCUGAGCUUCCUUCCCAGGGUCCGAGGAGCAGCGUCAAUUUCAACCUGACUGACGAGCAGCUCAAAAAUGAUGAACGCGCCAGUGGUAAGGACAAGGGGAGGGGCCCAAGGUCUGAGAACAAUAGACGAAGAAAGCCCACAGAUUCUACUUUCCCCGUGGAGUCUACACAAAAUAAGCGCAAGCCAAUGCGUGACGAAAUAUCAGCAAGGCCAGGACGAUCGUCUGAUGCGGGUGGUAGCUCUUUCGAUGCUGACAAACGAGUGGCUGAGAUCGAUCGUGAAUUAGAGAGGCUCUACCAGGAGCACCAAAAGGCUGAAGAACGGAAACGGAAGGAGUCGAGUAUAAAGAGAGCUGUCGAAAGUUCUGUUAUCGGUGCUGCAGCAACUGUGGCCAUAGGUGCUAUGGCAAGCCAAGACGACAGGAGUCGGUCGAGUGAAGAAGCUAUCCCCACCCGAAAGUCCAGCUUGAAGAAGACAAGAGAAAAGGACGUCUCUUCCUCAGCUGAGACGCAGCAAGAAAGAAUUGCCAGAAUGGCUGCUCAGCGAGUUCGUUCAACGCCAUCACCGGUCCAGCAUGACGAUUAUAGUGCCUUCUUCGUUCCCACAGAGAUCAAGGAGCAUCUCAAAGAACACAACGACAAGGCUGAACACCGAGAUGAGUUCGGGGCAACCGUGGUUGAAAUUGCUCCCGGAGCACCCAAACCUGGAAGCUCGCAUCCGUUCGACCCAUUCAACUAUCGUCCGUUUGGUCUUAGAUCGGAUGACGACCCGUUGCUACACCCUUGGCCUGUCCCAAUGCUUGGAUUGAUUGAGCCUACACCGCCUGGAAGCCGUGUCCACAGUAUCAGGGGCGAUGAAACGCCCAUCAUCGAGCCCAAAUCGAACGAGGCAUCCGAUGUUAUUGGCGAGCCGCUAGAACGGAAGGAGUCCAAAGUGACGUGGGGAGAUCCUGACACUUUUGUUUACGAAGUCGUGACUCCAGAAUACGAGCGCUCUGAUUACGGACCUGAUUCGCACUUCCAGGGUCAGAGAACUGCAGAUCUUCCAUCUCCGGAUGAAGUUGUCAAAGAGCCAUUUUCGAUCACCGAAGAUUCACAACCGCGACCAGCCGUGGGUCGGGCCUGGACGCUGGAUGAACAAGAGGCAGAGACUCUUGAGAAGGAAGUGUCCGUCAUUGAUGACAGACCUCACAUAAGCCGCACUUGGACGGUCGAUGACAGAGAAGCUGAGGAAAUUAAUCAGGAACAACCACAGCCUCGAUCUAAGGAGGGCUCCCAGGAGACGACUCACCAUAGCACGGAGCAUGAGUCUACUCCUCAACGUGCUAUCUCCCCGGUCAAUGGUGAUCUUGAAGAGCAGCACAAAGACUCAUUCCCACCAGAGACGGAUGAGAUCCGCAGAGAGAAAGCGCUUUAUCAAAGCCCUUUUGCGGAAACAGUGAGCGAUCCGAUCAUCACAGGGAUCAAUUCCCCUUCAGUUCCACCCGAUACUAAGCCGAUGACUGUUCCCGCCUUAGAAGAUGUGGGCGACCGAAGUAGAACAGCCCCGCUUGAGCAAGAAAUCACGUCUGACACCGCCAGACCGAGCAAGAGUGACUUGCGUCGUCGAGAGCGUUCCCGCUCUUGUGGAGAUGCAUUUGAACCUCCCUCGCCACAGGAAGUUUCGUCUGAAGUCAGGGACGACGUCAGUCCUAGACAACCAUUACAUGCCACCGACAGUGACCGCAAUCUCGCGAAUAGCGUCUCAUCCAAAACCUCCGCGCUAGAUAUGGUGUUAGGUGCAUCUGCUGUUCUCGCUGCGAACCAGUUGAUCAAGGAUGCUGCUGAACAUGACCACACCAGCUCACCCAGUAGAGGCGAAGCUCUGUCAUCUCGAAUCGAGGGGUCGCCUACGUUUAGUGAUGCAAAUUCGGGGCGUCAACAGAAAGAUUCCAAGGGAGAAUAUCACUCAGAUCCAGAGGAAUGGGAACGACCUCGGGAAAAGUCGAAGGGGUCGAAGUCCAGCUCCAAGAGCGACGUGGGCGUGAAGACAUCAAGAAAAUCUAAGAAUAGACGCUCAGAUGACAGUGCAGACUUCGAACCACUGCGGAGAUCUCGUACCGACGAUGAUCUGUAUGAAAAUGAAAAGUCGAAGCGAAGCUCAAGGCACAGCAUUGGUGAUCUUGUUGAGGAUCCAGCAACAAGCCGAAACCGCAAGGAUGAUGAGAGAACCUCGCGAGGCAAACACCGCAGAACCUCUGACGGAGCACAGAAAGCAGACAACGCGUCUGUCGUGAGCAACGCGCCUGAUGGAGGAACGAAGGAGUCUAGUGGCUUUUUCAGCAAUAUCUUCUCCAGUAACAAGAGCGAUGUCAGUACAUCUAGCAAGAAGAGCGCAAAAUCUUCCAAGUCAGACAGUCGAGCAGAUCGAGAACGAUCUGAGAAAUCCGAAUCUCGAAGAAAACGCAGGUCAAGGGACAAACCUGAGUUUGAUGAUGUCGCAUCUGCAGCAUCUGAACCAGCUAGAAGGAGUCGACACAGCCCAGAUCGUCAAACCCGGAGUGCCGAACAAAACGAGACAUCCAAUGAUCAGACUGUCGACGACGGAUUUGUUUCUGCCGAGGAGACCGCAGGAACACCGCCUCAGGACAUGACAGAACAAGAGUCUUUUUUAGCAAGUCGCCCCGAAAUGCCACAACCAAUGGUCACGGAUACGCCAAUGGAUAUUGAUGGUGUCUCGGGGCAAAUGUCUGAGACAGAAACGUCUUCACCGCCCGAUCCCAUCAGUAGUGUCCACGCACAUGGAACAAUCAGUCCUACAAAGAACGAGCACGUUGCGGCUCUACCUACGACUUGGAUGGAGGAUGGCCAUUCGGGGAUUUUGCCUGACGAACCAGCAACUGGCGUUGGCGAGGAGGAACGGAGUCUCAAGGAAUCUUCUUCGGGCCCCUUUCCCGUACCCGCAGCCUCUCGACGCUUGUCUGCUAUACGGACAGGCGAUAUCCCUUCCAGCCCACUGGUGGCUAGCUCCCCAACUGCUGUGCCGUUGCAUUUUCGACGGCCUCCCAUCUCGCCCACUAACCCACGCUUCUCUAUGAGUUCGCCAGUUAUGUCCCCAAGCUCGCCACUGACCACCCCGCGAACUCGACAGGGAAGGCCAAAGUCGACGGAAUUUCGUUCGAGCAAAGAAUUCCGACCGCUGUAUCUUGUAGAGAGACAAAAUUAUGCGAGAGCAGCGCCCCCGGAACUUUCAGAGGAGUACCCAUCGUUGCCAUCCAGUAAAACCAGCUCCGCCCAUCCGUCCAUGGAAGAUCUUCGCGCAGAAGCUUAUCUGCAAAACCAGCCCGACUCCUUCACCCCGUCACGCAUCAGCGCGGAAAGCUUUCGUGAACAUGGCAGGAGACACAGUUACUCGUAUUGGCAUGAUGGUGAGAAACGGCGAGAAUCACCAGACUAUCUGGAUUCUCGAUCAGCCACACCAGUGCCUGGUGAAGCACAAAGGGCUCGCGACCAAGAAAAAAAGCCUAAGCCAAAAUAUGAGUUUCACUCACCGAGCGAGUUGCUCCAAGAUCCAGCCUUUUUCCAUGAUGAAGCUCUGGUGGACGAGGAAGUUGUGCCUCAUAGCCCCCUCCCCAGUGUCGCAAGCACGGACGUCGAUCAGGACUACGUGAGUGCACGAAGUAGGAGUCUGUCUCCUGCGAGGACGCGAAGUCAGAGUAGGGGUCGAAGGAGCGCUUCCACCCCAAGAUCAACAUCAGUAUCGUGGCAGGACGGAAUCGCUACAGCAGCUGCUGGUGCGCUUCUUGGUUCUGCAUUAGCCGUCGCCUCCCAUGAAGUGCUCGAGAAGUUGCAAGAGGAUAGCCCGGCGGAUAAAACUGGAUCGGUCAGAAAGUUGGAGUCCAUAAACGUUGCACCAGAGUCCGGGUCCAAAGCAGCUCACAAUGCAGGAAUUGACAAUGAGACGGCCUCUCAGCAACAAACCGAGCGCGAGUCAAUUCAAGCAAUCACUGAUAUGCAUCGGAGUACUGAAUCGCAGGUUCCCACGAAAGACAUCCUGGAUACUAACGCUUGGCGGGACGUUUUCACAGAGAUACACAAGCGCAGGCUUGACACUGACAUGAUAACAAACGCUAGUCCUGAAUCCAAGGCCGAGGAUCUAGGGGCCCAGAGCUUGCAGAGGCCAGCCGACGAUGAACGUGUAACCCUGUCCAACCUAGAAGAAGUGGUUCCGGCAAAGUCAGUCGAUGUUUUCCCAACCAGCUUCGGUGAAAUGGUCAGGGAUGACACAACCAGUCUCGAGAAGGUAGAAAGACCCAAAGAGGAAGCUGGAGAAGGCGACGAAGCGAGUGUGCCUCUGCCAUCCGGAGCAGCAGAACCCUUGGAUUCUGUCCGAGGUCUCGAGCAACAAGCAGAACCCGUUUUAGACCCACACGAGGUUCUAGAGCCGCAACCUGAAGUCUACGAAGCAGAGGCAAUCCAAGUUGAUAGUGAAUCAGACAAGCUACAGGCAGCGAGGGACAAGGAUGAUGAAGAUGUCCAGAUGGCCUUCAACGAAGCGUCGCCCUCAGAAGCACACAUGAACGCAGACCAAGCUGAUGUGGAAGAUUCCGAAAUAGGGGAGCCAAAAGACGUGAUUGUUUCGGAUAUCCGGGAUGUCGAGGCACUUACUUCUGGCACCACAGAGUCAUUUGAAGACGCACUGGACGCACAGCCGACGGAAUCUACUCCAGCACUAGAUUCUGACCCAUCAGCGCAUCCAGAAGUCGAACAUCACGUCGAUAUCAAUGAACAUCUAGCGGUCGACCAGACGGAGCUCGAGCAACCUCUUGCAGAAGGUGUUUCAUCAAAUAUCUCACAAUCAAGCCGUGAUCCUCUUGAGGAGGCAUUCAAGGAAGCCGUACAAGCUCGAGGCUUGGUUGAGGGCGCAUCCGUCGAAGCAGCCUACCAAGCGUUCCAGCCAGAGAUUCCUGAUGUUGGAGGGACCCAACUGUCCACUAUCCGAGAGGAAGGCGAGACCCCAUCCGUCUCUACCCAGCAAGCCUCAGGGAUACUUGGGACAGAAGCGGAUGUCGGGCGUUCGAAGAAAGAGAAAAGAAACAAGAAGAAAGCAAAGAAGGCGUUAGCAUUGGGCAACCUGGUGGACUCAGAUUCAGCGCCAGUCGACGCUGAUCAAACCUCGCAACCUCCAUUGGAAAAAUCCCAAGAUGUCAAAACAUCAGAGCCAACGUUGUCUGGGGAGGUCAAUAAAGAGCUCGCAUCAGCAGGAGAAGGGCCAAAUCCCUUUGGCGAUGAUUUUGAAAUCAAAAUCAAUGAGUCUGACAUACCACCUGGCGAUGUCAAAGUAGGUUCCGAUGUUCCCGUGACUGCCGAUACUGAUAGUCAGACGAUAACCUUGUCGUCGACUCCCGAAGAUGACAGCGGCGGUGCAUAUUCGAAGAAAAUGAAGAAGGGCAAAAAGGGGGAAAAGAAACCACUUCAGUCUUACGACUGUGACGAGACUGAAACAGGGGUUGAUCAAACCGAAACUAGAGAGGCUGAGCAGGUUACUGACCCAGUCCUUCAACAGUCCACUCCCAUGAGUCCCUUAGAUGAACCCGCGCAGCCGACAUUAGAGGGACCUGGCUCACUGGAGAGAUCCGCUGAUUCUGCAGACACAGUCCAACAGGACUCAGGUUAUGCCCAAGAGACGACUUCAAGGUCGGGCAAGAAGAAAAAGUCUAGGAAAAAAAUGAAUGCGCCGUCGACGAUCGAACAAACGGGCGGACAGACACCUGGAGAAGAUCCAUCUACUAUUACUAUCCUACCCUAUGAACAACAACCAAGAACGGACCAAACAGCCUAUGUGUCAAGUCAAACUGAAGAGCCCAAUUCUACGGAACAAGGUGUGCAAGAACCAGAGGCGAUCGAGGAAUCUCGGGCACCUUCGGAGUUAUUGACAGCGGAAACGAUCGAAGUGACCUCCAGAAAAGUUACGAUUGACUCUUCAAAGCCCAGUUCUGGUUCAGAGGUCGCCGGGGACCAAGUACCGCAAACUCCUGGGGCAGCGGACACAUUACUCAGUACCUUUCAGGAGGAUGGGAAUUCAGACGAACACCAGACGCUAGAUGUCAGCACUCCGGCUGACCUGGUCGGAGCUGAAAAGGAGCCAGAAGCUGCGGGAGCUAAUCUGAAGCCAACUAAUGCGACUGCGCUGGUCCAUGCUGUGACCCCUCCGGAUGAAACACAAGAAGAGGUGAAAGUGGCAGCCACAUCCGGCGAGCCUCUACCAGAACUCCCCUCAGCAGAAGACGAACAAGUUGCAAAACACCUGGGCCGAGAGCUUGGAGCCAUCCCUACUAUAGGCGAGGGCGAGCAAGUCCAUGACGAGCCAGGGAUUCCUGCGCCAAACCCACCAUCGGUCGUCAAAGAAGAGGUGGUGAAAGAACCGCAGGCCGCUUCAAUCCAUGAAGAAGGCCUGGCGAGUGCAAAGUCACCACUCGACGAAACCUCCGUCAAAGAGUCGAUGGCACACCAGGACGAAGAUAUGUGGGCUUUCACAUCUAAAAAGUCGAGAAAAGAUAGGAAAAAGAAGCGAGCUUCUGCUUCUGAUGGUCUUCAAAAUUCAGGAUCUGGUCAGGAGGCGUCUUUGUCAGAUGAAAUCGUGACACAGCCAAUGGUCUCUGAAGCUGGUGGGGACAACAAGGACACAGAGUCGCCAACAGAACCGGCAUCAGCUGGAGCUCCACCUCCAAAUGACCUAGCUCUUGCCGAAGAUGAGCCUCGCCAGGAUGACGGUACAUUCCCCGUGACGAAAAAAUCCAAGAAGGAUAAGAAGAAGAAACGCACCAGCUUAUUGAAAAGCACCGAAUCUUACUCAUCGGCGCAAGAUGGAGAAACUGCAGACAGUGUCGCCAACUUUGGUAUCCCACAUGAAGAUUCAACCACAGAAGCACCGACAACACAAGUUGCUGAGAUUCAACUCGAGUCCCAGCCAGCUUUCGGUGGGGAAGAGCCUCAAGAUAUUGGUGACGGCUCCGGUUCUAAGAAGAAACCCAAGAAGUCUAAGGGCAAAAAAAAGCGGCAGUCCUUGUUUGAUGGUGAUGUAACUGGGUCGGCCGACGAUGUUAGGACUGAGAGCGGUGACCAACUACCUCCAACCUCACCUACUCCAGCUGCAGAACAAACUGCAGAACAAGUUGAAGGCUCGGAUAAAGUUCCAGAUUUGGACGAAAAGAUCGAGGAUGCCCACGGUCUACAACCUAGAGAAGGUCAAGCCAGCCUCGAUUCUGAAGAGCAGAACACGAGCGCUGUCGAACAACAAAUUGCCACGGUCCUGUCUACAGAGCCUGCGGAAAAUAAUGAUGCUCCUCCUCAACCAGCAGGUAACGGCACCCAAAGCGGUACUGACCCCCAACCAACGCUGGAUGUCGCGGAUGAAAUGCCUCGCACCCUAGCAUCUAGCUUCGAAAGGCUCCCCGACGUGGCGAUGCAGUCUGCUCAGAACGAGGCUGAGACCAAGGCCGACGAUUUCUCUGUAUCCGGUGCUGUUGCUGAUGAGACGUCAACACCUGAACCUGUUGGGACAAGUGGUUCUCCUGGAUCUCAGGCACUCGAGAAUCCUCCCCCAGAGGCAGCAAGCCUGUCAUUUCCUGUCAAUCCAACGACCGAGACUACAACUGAUCUGACUGACAAACUGGCUGCUGAGUGUACCGGUGAGUUUGCUCCUGAAUCUACUACCGAGCCUCUUGCAGAAAAGAUCUUUGAGAAUCCUCCCGAGUCCCCGAUCGAGCCUAAGAUUGUGUCUCCCACAGGCCCGAUACCUGUAUCUAUCGAUGAGCCCGCUGUCGAGCCUACCCAAGAGCCGCUUCCUGGACUUUCUCUCGAGCCUACUUCUGACCCUAUCAAUCAACCUACUCUUCAGCCAAUCAGUGAACCUGCUACUGAACCGAGUGCCGAGAUCGGUCUCCAAACAUAUAUUGGAGCUUCUACUGAAACUACGAGGGAGCCAUUCAGUGAAACUGAUAUUGAAGCUCCUGCUGAAGUUUCUCUUGAUUCUUCCGUUGGACCAGUGAACGACGUUGGGGCUAGAGGUCCUACUGAGACUGCUAUCGAGUCCACCCCUGGCCAGCAACUAUUAUCUGAGGAUGUGGUAGAGGAAGACUUAGGUCUUUUAUCGAAGCGAUCAAAGAAAGAAAAGAAGAAGAAGAACAAACGGCAAUCAACCCUCGUCGCAGAAACAAACCAGCCUAGUCCUCUGUCCGAUCAAACCCAAGCCGUGUCAGAUGAACCAGAGCCAAUGUUCGAUGAGUCCACCGAGCCCAGUAUCACCAAGUCUACUUUGCCCGAAGGAGAGACGCAAGGCGCGGCGGCUACGACAGAAGAUAUCAGUGAGCAGAGUAUGGCACCAACGUAUGUAUCGGCAAAGAAAGACAAGAAAAAGAAGAAGCGAGAAUCAGCCCAAGUUGCUGAUACGCCACAAGUAGAAACAGUAGCAGAUCUCAGCAACGGUAUGAGUAUCGAAUCGGAAUCUCUGGCCGAACCCCCUCCAAAUGACACGGCAGCAAGUGAAUCAAGACUUGCUAUUGAACCAAUGACUGGAGAUGCUAUCGAUGCUACUCGACCAGAGGGUGACGCAGUGACUAUGGAAGAAGACUCUGAAGAAGUUCAACAACAGAAAUCUGAGACUAGUUGGCAAGAUAACCUGUCAUCGAAAUCUACAAAGUCGAAGAAGGACAAGAAAAAGAAGAAGCGACAAUCCAACAUCGAACCCGCAACGCCUGAACCGAAAUUUGAAGCCUCGAGUGAAGAUGCUUCUCAGUCAAAAGCGGACAACAUCGCUAAGGCCUCAGCCAUCGGGGAAACUGAAACGUCGGAAACGGUCGAAACCCCCAAAGAAGAGGACGUCCCUUCUGCUCUCGGAGAUCAAGAUGAAGAAUGGUCGCUUCCUUCAGACAAGAAGAAAAAGAACCGAAAAAAGGGCCAGAAACUGAUAUCUGAUGAGGUGAGUCUGCCCCAGGCUGGCGAACAGGUCAGCGUGCAGAAUGAUCCGGAUGUCGAAAGCAAUAUCGAGAAUGUGGAGGAGGAAGGGAAUGUAAAUCUUCCAGAAAAGCAGCCAAUAUCUGAACCUAUAGCUCAGCAAGAUUUAGCUCCAGCAGGAGCAGACCAGAUGGUUUCAACUCCCUCGAUGCCAGGAACAACGCCCUCCAUUUCUCUGAAAGGUCUUGGUAAUCAACCACAGGCAGCUGGAUAUGUGGAAGAGCCGAGAAAGGUACAAACGGUCUCCGAAGAGGAUAGAACUGAUGUCGAAAAGCCACUGCAAGAGGAGCCUGCUGGAGCGGAACCUGUCCGAGGCGAGGCUGAACUCGUGGAUGGACGUGAGGAGCGGGUGCCCGAGACAGCGGGGUCAAUUGCUGGAACUCCAGAAGGAGUGGCUAUGAGUAACGCCGCUGAAACAACCUUAACAGAUCAAGUUUUCGAACAAGAAGACUCUUCCUGCAAAAAGGCAAAGAAAGGGAAGAAGAAGGCCCGUCAAUCCGCUGCUGAGAAGGCUGAAGAACAAGAAGCGGUUGAGACACCUGUGGAAGAAGCUGAUUCUUCCACUACCCCUCAAGCUGAACAGCCUGUUACUGAAAAGGAAAUGUCAACUCCGAAGAAAUCGAAAUCGAAGAACGGCAGGAGGAACCAGCGGCAACUUUCGUGGGAUGACAGUAACGCCGAGCCUACGGGAGUCACGACAGAAAUUGGAUCGACAAACGUGGAGGCCUCGGACGAAGCAACACCACCAGCAAUGCCCGACCAGGGGUUUGAGCCAGAGGAAUGGAACGUCACCAAGAAAAAGGGCAAAAAGAAGAAGCGGCAGCUGACCUUUGCGGACUUUGAGGCACUGCCGACAUCAGUGGAGGCAUCAGCUAGUCCAAACCCCGUCAUCGAAGGUAAACAGCCAGAAGAGAAACCUUUGUCCUCGACAUUGAAAGACGAUGCUGAAGACCCGCCCCACGCAGAUGAUUUGAACGAGGAACAGCGCUCUGAUGAUGCCGUUCUCGAUACCGGUUCCAGAUCAGUUAGCGGUGCAGGACGACAAUAUGAGACGUCAACGGACGCCACAAUCUUCCGAAGGCAUGCGGUAGUGGAUGGUCAAGAUUCCGGAGAAACUGCAGCACAGGAUUUUUCCGCGGUGGCAUUUGGAGAAAUCGAAGCAGAUGAAAACAAAAAGAUUGAGCCAAGCCAUCCCAUUGCCGAUGCGUCCACCACAACGCCCUUAGAAAACAAGAGAGCGAACAUCAGCACCGAAAGUGUUGCAGAAGCCCCAGCAUCGGUCCAAACCGACUCGGCGCAUGUUGAAGGAUUGUCGACUUCAGAUGCUCCAAUGUUGACAGAAGGGAUGCAGGCGCAAAAUUCUGAAGGAAAUCUGCCGGAAACACCGAUAUUAAUACAAGCCGGACCACCGCAACCCGAUGAGAUCGCCAUCCCAGAUGAAACGAAGGCACUCCCAGCAGAUGAUCUGCAAUCCCGAGAAGCUCCUCCGCUCGAGCGCGCGGAGAGUGAGGCGCAAGAAGCACCAAGUGCAGCACAGGAGGAGGUGGUGGUGGAGAACAUAACAGAAGAAGUGGUCCCGUCGCGGUCGAAGAAGAACAAGAAACAGCGUCGAUCUACAUACGAGGAGCCUGUGUCCGAGCCUCGGGAAACGGGAAAUGUAGGACCUGAGGUCGAAGCAAAGGAAUCCAAACUGGAGCUUCCAGUGGUCGAUUCUCCAGAACAAGAUCCAGCUGCUGAAAAAUCAAAUGACACUGUCGCAGACGAAGACAUUUUCGCUUCAACCAAACAGGUAAAGAAAGACAAGAAAAAGAAACGGAAGACACUCUCACUUGAGGGCGACGUGAAUGAACCACAGCCGACAAUCCAGAACAAUCUGGAAAAAGUCGAAGAAACAACCGCAAACAAUUUCCAGCCCGACACAGAAGCCAUGGUAACUUCAAUCGGCACAAGUUCUCUGGAACCUGACCCCGAACGUGACAUUGCCGAAAAAGCUACGGAGAGAGCAGCUUCACAGCCUCUACCUGUAGUUGAGCCUACAAAGGACACACUCUCUGGGUCGGCAUUUCCAAUCCCAGGCGCCAUACAGACUUCCCGACCGACUGCGGAUGAGAUGACAGCGGCCGAUGCACCUUUGCUACACCCCGAAUCGGGAUCCGAAAUGGUGGAAGAUACAAAAUUGGAGAACACCACUGCAGGCAUUCCUCACACGGAGGAGCUUGACUCUGUCACACCAGACUUGGCGUCUGCGAAGUCGUCUCGGAAAGAGAAGAGGAAGAGCAAAAAGAAAACAGUGCUCGAAGAAGAGCCGAAGACCGAUGAUAUUGAAGACCUAAAAGCGGAAAAUGGAGCCGAUACACCGCGAGACGAUAUGCCUGCGGAGCCCAGCAAGUCAUCAACACUCACAGAGGUUCAGCCCGAGUCUGAAUGGGGAUUCUCCAGAAAAAAGUCCAAGAAGAAGGGUAGGGGCAGUAAAGCCUUGACUGCUGCUGAUGAAUUCGGAACAUCAGGCACAGUAACACCGGGUUCCAAUGACGAUUUCAUAUCGGCCGUGCAAACACCAAUGCAACGGACCGCGUCGCCAGAGAUCAUGGACGCUGUCAUGGCAGAACGUAACGAGGUCCCUACCCUGGAGACUGACAGUGCUGAAUUCUUCGCCCCGGCAUCGAGCAAGAAGAAGUCCAAAAGGGACAAGAAGAGGAAGUCAGUCCUUGCUUGGACAGGAAAUGAGGAUCAGACAGCUGAAGCUGCCUCUGGGACAUCGACACCGGCACCACUUACAGAGCCGAAAAUCUCUCGGGCUGAUGAAAUUGCUGGCAGGGAGGCACUUCCUACUGACCUGGAGAAAGGUCACGCUGAAAGCAAGCUCGAAACUCCGGUCCCCCUCACGGCGUCACCCGAGAUGAAGACUGAAGAUAACAUGGAUUCAAUUGCCACCGCUAAUCAAGGACCAUUACCUUCUCAGGACUACACCAACAACGCGUCGGACACCCACGAAUCGGCCGUUCUAUUUGGUGAAGCAGGGGACACACCUGGCCAGCGUGCUCUAGGCAAAUCAAUUGAUCCGAUAUCUACCUCGGAGCAAGCUGCAUCGCCAACAACCAAACUUGAGCCUGUGGAUGAUACAUUGCCCCGUGAGAUGGAGGUUGAUCCCGCGCCACCCGCCAGCAACAUCGGCGAUGGUGUGCUGAGUGAACCAGCGAACACGGCCAGUAUGAUAUUGGAUUCCGCGAAGGGCAUGUUUGGUGCCGACCCAGCGUACGAUCAAAGAAUGCUGUCGCAGGACGAGUCUGGCAAUUUUCACGUGCAAGACGCACAUGUAGAGCUCGUCACGGCUAAUACCGGUGUCCCAGAUGUAACUGAUCACGAGCAAGGUGUGUUAGAGACUGCCACUAUCACGUCAGAGGAUCGAUUCACUACUUCUAAAAAGGGUCAGGAGGAUGCUGUGGCAGAUGCUGUAAUCACGGCCUCGAAAGACGGAAAAGACGCAACCGGACUCGAGGACCCCGAUUUUGGCAUCAGUAAAGAUACUUCGAAGCGCAAGAAGAGCAAAAAGGACAAGAAGGCAAAGAAGAAAAGCGGGAUAUCCGAAGGGCUCGAGGAUAUUGUCCUGCCAAAGAUGGAACUCGAUCAAACUGAAACUCGAGAGGCUGAAAUCCCUGAAGUCAUCCACAAUGAGGCCAGGGAAAUUUCAGAUGUUCCAGCACAUGCCCAAGAGAAUACCGAAGAUUUGUCCGAUGUAAGUGCGACCACACGUGAAAGACGAAAGAGAAGAAAAUCACCUCCGGCUUGGUCAGGAGAAGAGCCUGAAGACCUACCGAGGGAUCGUGCGCUUACUCCACCACCUGAACACGACGAUAUCAUGGAUACUGCCCUGGGGGUUGCCGCAGGACUUGGAUUUGGUGCUGGAGAAAGCGAGUCUAGCAGAGAAACUCCACGAAAGGCGCCCUCGCCUACUCGGCAACCGUCCGCAGGCUGGUCUUUUGCUAAGCUUGAUCCUGUUACAAAGCUUGCCCAUGCCGAAUCGAACAGAGACAGCGGUGUCCAAUUCGAGUCGCCGAAUCCAUCAUCAGGUCACUUUCCAUCCGCAAGAGACAGUGGCUAUGUCCCAAGCCCUACGAUCCAAGAUGGUGAAUUCGGUACCCCCAGGGAAAUCCACACAGAUAUAAACCUUCGUCCGCCUCGGCCUCAAUCACCCACAAGCUCGACAGAGGAUGUAUCCAAGAAUGUGACGAGCAGGCACCAGGUCGAUCAGUCGAUCAGCCUAGAGACGCCCAGAAGAAAGCCUUCGCCGGUGGAAUCCACUUCAAAGGACAGAUCCUCGGUUCUGUUCAAUUCCUCUCCCGCCAUGCCAUCCCCGAUAAACACGGAUGUUCGGAACAGAAGUCCUCAAGCUAUGGCAAGUCCUCUCCAGAGAAGCCCCAGCAUUCAUGGCCAUCAUCUCAGCCGGGAGGAGCUAAGGCAACAAAAGGCCAAGGUUCCUGCACACAACGAAGACAGUGACCAACUUGGUUGGAAUCAGAUUAGCCGGUCGGGUGUAGCACCGGGGAAUCGGUCGAGCUUUGACUCGCCAACACAGGCCAACAUCAUGCGCCCGUUUUCGCCGGGCAAGACGACGCUCAACGCCAUCAAUGAAGAAUCACACGAGGCGAGCUCACAGAUACACCCGUUCGUCAAUCCGCCCACAAAUCUGACGCCUCGACAGCCUGCAGAGACCGACAGCCUUGCAACAGCUGGCUUGGUGGCAGCCGCUGGAGCAGCUGCGCUUGCAGCCUCCGUAGCAAUUUCACGUGACUCGCCCAGUCCCAGCGCUAAAUCUCUUGGCAGAAGCAAGUCUCGGACCUCAUCGUUGCGCAACCUGCGCAGCACCUCAAUCUCCCCCUACGACCCAGCCAAUUUCGCGUCGGGGUCAUCACAAGCACCGGUCAAUGCCCAGAGCGCGGGCAAGGCUGCUGCUCGUGAUAGGGAGAUGGCAGAUGUCUAUGAUGGGUAUGGUUCACUACCCGGGAGUCCCCGUUCUCCGACACGACCUCCGAGUAUCCGACAACGACAGAGCAUGCAGCAAAUAAGAGAUCUUGAGGCGAAGCUGGACCAGCUCGCAAGUGAGAAUCGCUCCUUGGCCGAAGCAAAGAUCGCCACAGAACAGCAACUCGAACAAGCUCAUUUCGAACGCAAUCGAGGUGAAAACGCCGAAGUAGCGUUCAACGCGCAAAUCCAAGAGCGGGAUGCGGAAAUCACGCGUCUCAAACAAGAGGUGGCAUCGCUGAUCGCGACACAUGAGUCACUGAAAAGAGAACACGAACAGAGCUUGUCCGGUCUCCGGCAAAACUACGAUGAGGCGCAAUCGCAGUGGCAAGACUCUUUGAAAGAACUGGAAACGCUGCGCUCACGGCACAAUGAGCUGUCAACUGGGAUAGAGUCCAUCGUCAGGCACGAAAUCGAUACAGCUCUUGGCGAGAAAAAUGCUGAAAUAGAACGACUUCGGGGAGAGCUUGAAGCUGCCAGGAGAAAGAUCAGAGACUUGCAGUCUCAGAUACUGUCAAGGGGGGCAGACGAUGUGGUUGUUUUCCACGACGAGGAUUACUUUGAUCAAGCGUGCCAGAAGUUGUGUCAACAAGUACAAGGGUGGGUACUUCGGUUUUCCAAGUUCAGCGACUUGAAGCUUUGUCGCACAACAAAUGAGGUCCGAGACGAAAAGAUUGUGGACAGAUUCGACAAUGCGAUACUCGAUGGUUCAGACGUGGAUGACUACCUGGCGGACCGGGUCAAGCGACGAGAUGUUUUCAUGUCGGUGGUGAUGACCAUGAUCUGGGAGUAUGUCUUUACCAGAUAUCUGUUUGGUAUGGACCGUGAUCAACGGCAGAAACUGAAGCAGCUGGAGAAGAAUCUGGGAGAAGUGGGACCGCCGAGCGCAGUUCACCAAUGGAGAGCCCUUACGCUCACGUUGCUCUCCAAACGAGAGAGUUUCAAGGCGCAACGGGAGAGCGACACUGAGGCAGUGGCCAUUGAGAUUUUCUCGACAUUGUCACGCUUUCUCCCUCCGCCCCAGCAUCUAGAGAAUCAGAUUGUGGGAUCGUUGCGCAACGUGAUGCGCACGGCGGUGGAACUCUCAAUCGAGAUGCGUACCCAACGAGCCGAAUAUAUCAUGCUACCACCAUUACAGCCCGAGUACGAUACCAAUGGCGACCUGGCUCGGAAAGUGUAUUUCAAUGCAAGCUUGAUGAAUGAAAGAAGUGGCGAGACGACAAGCAACGAGGAGUUGGAACGUGAACAUGCGGUGGUCCGCAUGGUACUCUUCCCGCUUGUCGUCAAGAAAGGGGACGACAAUGGAGUAGGAGACGAGGAGAUUGUCGUGUGCCCUGCGCAGGUUCUGAUCGCAAGACCAGACAAGGGAAAGCGAGUGAAGAGCUCGACGAGAUACGUCAGUGGUGGCAGUGAUGCGAAGAGUUUGCGUGCUGUGAGCACGCACAGCCUUGCCAUGAGCGGGAUGGAAGGGCACGAGAAUAUGUUCUGA